GAGGGAAAUCGUGCUCUGGUUGUUCAAAUCGUUAGAUUACGUUGGGCUGUUUGAUAUCAGAGUAUUUUGUGUUUCGUAAUAGAAACGUCCACAAAACACAAAAUCUCAGACCUCAGGCCUCUGCGGCGCACUGGGAUCUCUCAUGCUCAAAAACUUCGUUAAGAGUUCGCCAAUCUUUGAGACUUUGUGCCCAGGUUGAGAAUUUGUGCAAGUGGAAAGCGAACUUCCAAAAACCUGUAUUUUGGUUGUUUCGUAGCCUCACGUUUUUAGCUGACAAUGUCAUAUUUAUCAUCUUUUGCAAGGCUGAGGGGCUGUUCUCCCUAAAACGAUAGCAAGAAUUGAUGUCCACACUGACCAGUGCAUUCUUCGUCAUUAGUCUAUGUGAAUCUUACAAUAAAUGGUUAUGGCUGGAACAUUGACCAUCUACUGUCCCCUCAAUCCCAAACGUCUUGGUCAACCUAAUCGUGAGCUCUCAAGGGUAUCUUAACUCCUCAGGUGAUUUUGGCCCAUCGAUUUCGCAAGUAUUUCCCUUACCUUUCUACCACAUUUGAAAACUACUAAUAUAAAGCAAUACCGAACAUAGUUUCGCGUGCAAGGCCUUUCAAUUGAACGACUAUCUCUCGUGGCUUUGCUUGGACAAUUUAUUACCUGACCUAAGAACACAUAUGUAAUUUUUUUUAUCAUGCAUGCUGUGGAUGGCUUUUUCCGUCUUGGACGGAGGCAUCGCCCUUGAGAUAGUUACUAAUAUAGUUUUAAAAAUCUUGUAGAUCGGGUGUGAGCAAAACAAUAGAGUUUUGAAACGAAAUCAAACAUUGCAUCAUCUGGCAACCAUUCAAAGCAGUGUUCGAAACAGGUAUUAAUUAUCUUUCUUCUUCACAAGAAUUGCAACGGCUUCUCUUACUGACUUUAUUUCAUUGAACUACAGGUACCUCGUAAAGUUGUCUUUACCAUUGAAAGACAAAGUCAAGUGCAUCAAUAUGAGACUUCAUCUCUACUAGAUAAAAGAAAUGUACGUGUAAAAAGUGGCACGUUGCUUGAGCGCAGUGUAUUCAUUUAUUCAGAUGUCGAAACUCGGACAAUCCUAUGGGCUCUUGGUGACGGGUCGAGGAGCCUCAAAUUGAAUUGCGCCCCGCUUCGUCAACCAAAAUACGCAUGGGGCCCUUGAGUACUCGUUCGUGCUCAUAUGGAUUAUUCAGGCAUUGGCUAAAUAAUCCCAAGGUAUUAGGUUUGAUAGAAGAACAGCAGAAAGAGAGAGGUGCUUACAAAUUCGAGCUUUCAACUUUUGUGCUGCCCAGCUUCUUUCCGUGACAUAGCUCGAAAACAGGCCCAUACUGGCGUCUGCCAGACUCUUGGUGCAAUUUUACUUGAAUAAGUAUGACCCUCGAGUAUUGAUUUUUGGGUCGGAAGGAAAGGUGUUGGGAGGCGACUUAUAGGUAAAACAUGGGACGGCAUCAAAAGAAUUCGGGCAUCAAGUACUAUGUGGUAAUCCAUGGAAAGUGCCCUGGAAUCUACGACAAGUGGCAACAGGUUCAAUUCAAUAUCAAAGGCUUUCCAAAUAGUGAGUACACCUCCAAGAGCUCGAAACACGAGGCUGUGGAGCUCUUCCAGUCCAAACGACCGGACUGGCCUCGGAAUAGUAUCCCCGACUUCACCAUACAUGCCUCCAACCGCUUGGAGCCCUUGGGUAAGAAGUCUUCGGCAGACUCCAUUGAAUCGAUCCACGUGGAAGGUUCCCGUGGAAGGUCAUCCUCCUUGACAGGCAUGGAACGGAUGUCUCGGAAAGGCAAGCAUGAGCAACUGGGAGAUUUUCAAAUCGAAGUUCCCUCUGCCAAUCGGCCCGAGAAGAUCACACUUCAACAAAAUUGGCUCCACGAUCCCUAUAAUACACCUUCGUCUAUCCCCAGGACCCCAUCGCCGGGCUAUUUUUCCCCGCAAAAUGUCCGCCAGGGAUCAACGAGCCCGUUGAGUCAUAGUAACAGCAUGUCAAGCCUUCUGGCGGUUCCCAACCGAGCCGAGAUUGAAUUUGACCGACAGGAGCUCUUGGGCCUGGCCCCCGAUCGCAUCUUGAUUGGCGCCAAAUCACCCGCACCCGUCAAACAUAAGAACAAAGGGGAUUUAAAUCUUCCCGCUAUUUCCGCGCCCGCCUCGCUCCGAUCGCGGCCUAGGGAUUCCUCGGUGUCUCGGGCGCCCUCGAUAGAACUCUACCCUGACCCUGACGACGUUGUUUUGGGAGUAGAGGGCGCUACAGCUGCAGAACGUAGGGAGCGUAGGCGAGAGAGAGGGAGCAAAGAUAAGAGGACACGAAAAUCUAAGAGGUCCAAAGAGCGCAAGGCUCGUCGAAGAAAGUCCCAGUGAAAAAAGAUAUAUUGAUACUUCCUUUUGUUGUAUUUUAAGACUGCUUUGAGUAAAUAAACAGUAUUACUACGCAUCA